AUGUUUCACCUGUUUGAGGUGGACGAGUUCAUGGUCAAUAUGCAGAACUUCUAUGCCAAGUCUUCCACCGAUAGGGCAGAAGACACCAGCCUCUGGUAUAUUCACUUCCUUGUCAUCCUCGCCUUUGGAAAGAGUCUCAUACAGCGGAAGAGCGAAGGCAAGAGGCCAGCUGGGGCGGACUUCUUUGUAAGAGCUCUUCAGCUGUUGCCUGAUGUCACUGCACUAUGCAAGGAACCCAUACUAUCCUCCGAAAUCCUGUGCUCUAUCGCUUGGUACUACCAAGCUUUAGACUUCCGGCAUUCAUCACACAACUUCAUUGGGCAGGCGAAGAGCAUGGCAAUGAAUCACGGAAUGCAUACAGACAUGCCAAUAAUGGAUUUGGGACCCGAACUCGUUCAAAGAUGUCGCAAGAUCUGGUGGACAGUGUAUGUCCUGGAUCGUCAGAUGAGCUCGUUAAUGGGGUUACCACAGUCUACGUUAGACGAGGGCGUCUAUUGUCAGCUUCCGUCCUACUCCGGGUCCGUACAACGAACGACGGCCUUGAGUAUGCAGAUCAAAUUUGCUCGCAUCAUUGCCGAGAUCAGCAGCACCGUCUAUGGCACAACGGGCAGACUCAACAAGAGGUUUGUGCUUGGAACCAAAGCAGUUCUGCAAAGUAUCGUUUCAGUUGCCGAUGAACUGCGGACAUCUUUCCCGCUGCAUGCUGAUGAGAGAUUUGACGGUAUCUCUCGACUGUCUGCUCACUUACACCUUCUGUACUACCAGUGCAUCGUCCUCGCAACGAGACCUCUCCUCCUGUGCUGCCUCAUCAAGCGAUUUGAGUCGCCUCUUGAAGCAGACUCGUUGAUCGCAUCUCCUAAAGUUCGGAACCCUGUGCAGAUGUGCGCAGAAUCCUCCAUUCAGAUCCUCAACAUCCUCGACCGCCUCAGAGCACAGGGCCUGCUGGAAACAUUCCUUCCGCUCGACCUCGACUCCUUAUUCGUAUCCACAGUUGCCCUCCUUGUCGCCCGCGCCGUGGAUUCUCGCUUGAUAGAGAGUCAAUCCCCAUGGCUCGAAAAGUCGCAUGCCAUACUUGAGGAAAUGGUAGCUGGUGGAAAUCUCAUCGCCGAGUUCAGGAGAAACGAAAUGCAGAAGUUGGAAGAAAUGCUCAGCGAAUUCCUCGCCUCUCAGUCGGGGAACGCCAACAGUGUAGUCGACGCGGUUCAGACAGCGGAGUGGCAGCAGACCGAGCCCUCUUCUGUUCUUCAAGAUGUGGUACAAACGGACGCAGCGCCAGCAUAUCCUGAUUUUACGAAGGAAACCAGCAGCCAGGCAGAGGAUCUGACGGCGCAACAGAUCAUCGAUGUGCUUGCCAAGGCUCAGGCCAACGACGAUAACCUUGGUAUUGGCAAUGGCUUCAUCGACUAUGAAGCUGGCCAGUUCACCGGCCAGAUAGUUCGCGAUUCCCAGACACUCGCUUCGCUCAAGGUCGGAUCUGGCUUCGAUUUUCUGCCCUCCGACUUCCUCCCGAACCUGACGCAUACAACCGGCGCGCAUUUCAUCGGAGAUGUCACUUUUCGCUUCAAGGUCACCGGCAGCAACAACUGGACCGAUGUCGACUCCGCCAGCACCAGAAGCCCAGUCACAGCUUUGGAGAACCUCGACGCUGGAGUCAUCGCCGGUGCAGACCUGAGCCCAACAUUGCCGAGCGGUCUGCCAUUGACUGUCACCAGAGAAUGGCUGGCCGAGGGCGAAGGCCUCGCGCUGCGUAUCAAUGUGACCAACACGGCCAACGCUACGGUUGAACUUGGAUCCCUUGGCCUUCCCGUCACUAUCAACAACGUCUUCAACACCCGAACGGCAGAGAAUAUCCAAGAGAAGUGCUCUCUUGCGGAUCCUUACAUUGGACUUGAUGCCGGAUACAUUCGCGUUUCCCCUGUGACGGGAACAGGCAACGCGCUUGUCGUUGCGCCACUCGGAUCAAGCCCUCUCGAAGCAUGGAGACUACUCAGUGAGCCGCAGGGCGACUUCUACUACCAGUCGCAGACUUACGAGGGUAACUAUGAGUGGAUGAUCCAUUCACAAGCGUGGGCUGAGAAUGAGUGGAAGGGCGGUGCACCCUGGAACACACCUACUUCCAAGACCCUGCAGGCCGGUGAGACAUACUCCGUCGGUCUCAGAUUUGUUGCUGCCGAGAGCAUCCAAACCAUCGAAGAUGCCGUCGAGAAGUCCAACAUCCCUCUCGCGGUGGGCAUCCCGGGAUACGUUGUUCCUUCAGAUCUCACUGCCCGCCUCUACCUCACGCACUCUUCCCCCGUCAAGUCUAUAGAUGACUCUGGUGCUUUCACAGUGAAGCAGGAUGAGGCAGCGAAGGGCUCGCCUUACCUGCUGACCCCAACGGAAGGCACCUGGGGCAGAACCAAGAUCACCAUCACUUACGAGGAUGGCAAGAUUCAAGUGGUUCACUACUUCAUCACCAAAGCCGCUACUGAGACUGUUGCGGAUCUGGGCCACUUUCUCACUACGGCUGCACACUUCACGGACGAAUCCGACCCCUUCGGACGUGCCCCAUCGAUCAUGGGUUACGACCGCGAAGUGAACGCCAUUGUGGAGCAAGAUUACCGAGUUUGGAUCGCAGGUCUGAGUGACGAGGGAGGCACCGGCGCGUACGUCGCUGCGGCCACGAAGCUGUUCGUUCAGCCCGUCGCAAGCGAGGUUGAGGUCCUCGAUGAGUUCAUCCACGAGACCGUCCUCGGAACGAUUCAGCCGCCCGACUCCUUCGCAGUCCGCGCGAGCACCUUCUUCUACCAGCCCGAUGCUGUGAACUACACAUACAACCCCGACUUUGACUGGACUACAUGGGCUGCAUGGAAUAAGGAGAGGGCAUACACCACGGUUCGUGCGUAUAACUACGUGCAUCCGGUGGUGGCGUACUGGUCCAUGUACCGCGUUGCCAGAGAUCACCCGGAUGUUAAGACUCGAGAGGACUGGAGCUGGUACCUAAACCAAGCAUUCAAUACUGUCCAGUACUGCUUGGCCGAUGGUGCUGCCGACUGUGACUAUGGUUUGACUGGGUUGAUGGGGGAGACGGUCUUCGCAGAGCUGCUUGAGGAUCUCAAGCGGGAGAACAUGACUCAGGAGGCGGCUGCUUUCGAGGAGUCGAUGAAGUUCCGGGCUGAGUUUUGGGAGACUCUUGCAGUACCUUUCGGAAGCGAAAUGGCCUGGGAUAGCACUGGUCAGGAGGGAGUCUACUACUGGACCAACUACUUCGGUCUCAAUAGUACUGCGACCAAGGCCAUCAACAGUAUCACGGCUUACAUGCCCACUGUAGCCCACUGGGGCUGGAACGGUAACGCUAGACGAUACUGGGACUUCAACUACGGCGCCAAACACACCGGCACCGAGCGCCAGAUCCACCACUACGGCUCCGGCCUCAACUCCCUCCCCAUGCUCCACUACUACGAGCGCCACCCGAGCGACUUCAACGCCAUCCGCGUCGCCUUCGCCGGAAACACUGCCCCCCUGAGCAACAUCGACAAGGAAGGCUUCCCGUCCGCGGCAUUCCACUCCUUCCCCGAGCACCUCGAAUGGGACCCUUACACCGGCGACUACGGUCUGGGGUUCCUUGGUCUCGGUCUCGGGCAGACUCUUUACAUUGUGAACACGGAGAAGUACGGCGAGGUUGUGUUCGGUGGCAAUGUCAUUGAGUCUAGCGAUACAGCGGUGAUUGCUGAGCCGAGAGAUGCGGUCCGUCGCCGGGUGUUCGUGGCGGAUUUGGGCCUCAAGAUCUCUUUGAGUGCCGGUGCUAUUGCAACUGUGACAUAUGACCGAGAGGCACAGACUGUGAAGCUCAGCGUUGACCAAGCUGCUUCCGAGGCGGCUCUGAAGGCGUCUUCGUCGAUUGUUUGGCUUUCUCAGACUACGGGAGGGGCUGUAUUCGAGGUCUCUGGCGCCACAAAGACGAGGGGAGGAUACCAAGUCGAUCUGUCAAGUGGAAAGACAGAAGUCACUGUUUCAAAGUUGUAG